AUCAUGCUUUAUGGUUCUUUCCUUUUCUUUGGGUUUUCUCACCAUGUGUCCUAUUUCUCUAGACAUGAAGCAAGUAUUUUUUCUGCUAUCAGUAUUGUUGGUCAUAGUGUCCUCUUGUCCUGACGGGGGGUUCAACUGUACAUCUGGAGAAUGUCUUCUUGCUGGACUCGUCUGUGAUUUUAAGAAGGACCGUGAAGAUGGCUCAGAUGAGGACUUUUGUGGUUCAUGUGACUUUGAGCAUCACUCCUGUGGUUGGAUCGACACCAGUGGUGCUUCUUACUGCUGGACACGGCAGAUGGCAAACAUCACCUCAGUACCUGGACUGGACCAUACCACAGAUAGUCCCUUUGGACAUGUCAUGCAUAUAGAUGGCAAACAAGGAGGGUUUUUGUCUGUGGCUAAAUUGGAGUAUUCUGUUGACAAGCUGGCAGCUUUGGGAUGCCAGAUCAGGUUCUGGUAUCAUAUUUACAAUAACAAGUCGUCGUCAUCAUCAUCAUCGUCAUAUCUGGAAUUAGCACUGGUCAGCGGCAGGACUGAGGAAAAGCUGCUUCCGGAUAUUUCCAAAAGUAUGACGGACGGUUGGGAGAAUGCCACAGCUUUCAUCGGUAAUCGCCCAGGAGGAUACAAGCUGCGUUUUUCAUUCCGCCCUCCAUUUAUGGAUGACAGGGACGUUAUGUUGGACGAUAUCAGCUUUGAGAACUGUGUAGAGGGAGAUGUACCUGCAGGAUCAGACCAACUCUCAUGCGAUUUUGAAAAGGACACCUGUUCAUGGUACCCUGACUACACUGCCAGCCUUUUGUGGAAAAGGAAAAAUAAGGAAAUAAGUGAAGGCGAGUAUCUUACCGACAGUAAAUAA